AUGCCAUUUAUCGAUCGCUUCCGUCGCAAAAACGCACUCAACCAGAAUGAGCGCAGUCAAGCCCUAAAAACAACAGGACUCGACUACAACACCUGCAAACCAGCCACAGAAACAGGCCUCUACGAUCCCAGAUUCCUCCCUCUGCCACCCCCACGACGCCCAGUAACGCCGAUUGAAUUCGACCAGCGCAGAGACCAAACAGCAGAUGACUUGCUGCCGAAUCCGCAAACUAAGAGCCUGUUCUUUCGGCUCCCAUGGCAUGUCCGUGGAUCCAUCUAUCGGUGUCUCUGGAGUGAACAUUUUAUUCAUCUCGAGUUCAUGAAUUACUGGCCGCUUAGUUAUUAUCAUGGGAAUGGGAAGAAGAAACAGGAGCCGUAUUGGCAUUGGUGGCAUCGGAUCUGUCCGUAUCUCUCGAUAGAUGGGGAUAGUCGCCAACGAGUCGAUCCUUAUCCAGAUGGGUCGAGGCCGAUUGUGGCCUGGGUGGAUAUUUGUCAUCGUGAGGAUCGAAAGCUCAAGAAAGAAGAGGCGUCGAAAUAUAAACUACAAGGGGUGUUUGAAUGGUUGCAAACAUGUCGUCUGGGAUACUGGGAAGCGCUCCCCAUUCUCUACCAAACAAAUACAUUCCUGUUCGAAUCGCCCAGGAAUCUAGCUCGAAUGCCCAAACUACUCCCGCCAUCUCAUAUCCAUCUGAUACGAUCUCUAUCUGUCUCCUUCAUUGCGGAAACCCCAGACACCGGAGACACGCUCUUCAUUCUCGACUCCAGCUGGAAAGAGUACAACGCCAUGCUCCGCUCGUUGAAGCAAUCGUUCAUCGGACUGGAUUCUCUCCGGCUGGAAAUCUUCAUCACGCCAUCGUGGCAUACUCGUGCUACGUAUCGCGUGGAUGCAGAAGAAGCGAAAUGGUUUCCGCCGUUGAUUGAGCUGGCGAGGAGUCGAGAAUGGAAAAAGUUUCAGCUUGGGGUCUCGGAGAUGUUGCCUUCUUAUCAGACAGCUCUUGACAUAGUCGUGGCAGAGGAAGGUGUUGAUGUUGAUGUUAUUAUGUUGAAAGAUAUUUUUCCGCCGCCUAGUGAUUUGGCAUGGAGUAUAUAAUAAACAGACUAUAUGGAAUAGGAGUA